UUACAAGGAAAAAACCAAGGAAAAUAAAAGAAAAUAAAAGGUUGCAUCUUUUCUUCCUUCCCUCUUCGCUUCCUCUUAUUCCUUCCGCUACGUUUUAUACGAUUCCAAGGUUUGCUCUUGGGAAGAAUGGUCGGGGGAUCGCUUGGAAAGCUCGUGUCCCGGUCUCUCGCGUUUGCCGGUAGAUGGCAGCAGCAACAGCUCCGGCGCCUCAACAUCCAUGAAUACCAGGGCGCUGAAUUGAUGUCAAAGCAUGGAAUAAAUGUUCCAAGGGGAGUUGCUGUUGGCUCUGCCGAGGAGGCGAAAAAGGCCAUCAAAGAUGUUUUCCCCAAUGAAAAGGAGGUGGUUGUGAAAAGUCAAAUUCGAGGCUUGGGAACCUUUAAGAGUGGACUUAAGGGUGGAGUGCAUAUUGUUAAAAUUGACGAGGCAGAAGAUUUGGCUGGUAAAAUGCUUGGCCAGAUUCUGGUCACCAAACAAACUGGCCCCCAAGGAAAGAUUGUGAGCAAGGUGUACUUGUGUGAGAAGCUAUCACUUGUUAAUGAGAUGUACUUUGCCAUCACCCUUGACCGUAAAACUGCUGGUCCGCUCAUCAUAGCUUGUAGAAAGGGAGGAACUAGCAUUGAGGACCUCGCAGAAAAAUUUCCUGACAUGAUCAUUAAGGUUCCGGUUGAUGUUUUCAAGGGAAUCACAGAUGAAGCUGCAGCUAAAGUUGUUGAUGGUUUAGCACCUAAGGUAGCAGAUAGAAAUGCUUCCAUAGAACAAGUGAAGAAGCUUUACAAACUCUUUUGUGAAUGUGAUUGCACAUUGUUGGAGAUAAAUCCAAUUGCCGAGACAUCUGAUAACCAGCUAGUAGCAGCUGAUGCAAAGUUGAACUUUGAUGACAAUGCUGCUUUCCGUCGGAAGGAGAUAUUUGCUCUCCGUGAUUCAUCCCAGGAAGAUCCUAGAGAGGUUGCUGCUGCGAAAGCAGAUUUGAACUAUAUCGGGUUAGAUGGAGAAAUUGGUUGUAUGGUUAAUGGUGCAGGACUGGCUAUGGCUACGAUGGAUAUAAUAAAAUUGCAUGGUGGUACUCCUGCCAAUUUUCUUGAUGUUGGUGGAAAUGCUUCAGAAGGCCAGGUGGUGGAAGCAUUCAAAAUAUUAACAUCUGAUGAUAAAGUGAAGGCAAUUUUGGUCAACAUAUUUGGUGGAAUCAUGAAAUGUGAUGUGAUAGCAAGUGGAAUUGUCAAUGCAGCCAAACAGGUUUCACUGAAAGUACCUGUGGUGGUUCGUUUAGAAGGAACCAAUGUUGAUCAGGGGAAGAGAAUUCUCAAGGAGAGUGGGAUGACCUUGAUCGCGGCAGAAGAUUUGGACGAUGCUGCAGAAAAAGCUGUACAAGCUGCUUCAAGCUAAGAAUUAUGAAGACUAAUUUUUUUGGAUAAGAAAGAAACCCGGUGCUCUGAUGAUUUGCCAGGAGCACUCGCUACAUUUUUGGGCAACUGAAUUUUUGGGCGAACCCUUUGAAAUAGAGUGGUUUGCUUCUACCAAUUCUCGAAGCUGACUGACGGAGGAGUUCAUGGGCCACGGCUGAAUCGGGAUUGUCGUGGCUCCUCUUCGAUGUUAUUGGUCAUGCAACUUUUCUUUAUUCUCCAAAUAUAAUUAUUUUUCUCCAUAUUGAAAGAUGAGGGGAAAGGCAAAAUGUUGUGUUUCA